AUGUCCAAAUUUUACGAAUUAGCUCCUUUAGACAAAGCCGGUGAACCAUUCUCCUUCAAACAAUUGGAAGGCAAAGUUGUUAUAAUUGUUAAUGUCGCUUCCAAAUGUGGUUUCACUCCUCAAUAUACUGAAUUAGAAGAAUUAUACAAAAACUAUAAAGAUCAAGGUUUAGUCAUCUUAGGUUUCCCAUGUAAUCAAUUUGGUCAUCAAGAAGCUGGUUCUCAAGAAGAAAUUCAAUCAUUCUGUCAAUUAAACUAUGGUGUUACUUUCCCAAUUAUGAAAAAAAUUGAAGUUAAUGGUGGUAAUGCUGAUCCAGUUUAUCAAUAUUUAAAAAAUGAAAAAUCUGGUUUAUUAGGUUUCAAAGGUAUUAAAUGGAAUUUUGAAAAAUUCAUUGUUGAUAAAGAAGGUAAAGUUUAUGAACGUUAUUCUUCAUUAACUAAACCAUCAAGUUUAAAAGAUACUAUUGAAAAAUUAUUAAAAUAA